AUGUCUCGCAAUCUGUACGAUCCUCCUUUCCACUACAGUCCACGGAGGCCUUACCCAGCGCGAUACGCGCCGCUGCCCUCGCCGCUUGAGAUUGAGGCAUAUCUCGCGCCGUACUACUACGUGCGACCGCCGCACGAACGGGCAUCCUCACCGACCGUGAGCCCCUUAUCGAGCGGCCGACACCGGGAGAAUACCGAGGCCAGGGAACGCGGGGACCGCCCAGGCGAAGCAAGCGAAGACGAGAUUGAGCGCGUUCAGAAAGCCGUGGGACGCCUUUCGCUCGUUCAACAGGCUCCGCGAGACCCAGAAGCCUCUGCCCGCAGCCGCCAGUAUCGCCUUAUCCAGAUCAGGUUAUUGCUAGUUCAAGUCCAUGACCAGCUUGAAAUUGCACACGAGGUCUACGAAGCUGCGUUCAAAAAGUUCCUGGGGCAGGUGGAGAAAAACAAGGAGUCCAGCCCAGAGACGCGGAAUCAUAUCUGGGUCGACAUGCUGUCGAAAGACGCAGAGAAAGGCAAGAAGGCGGCGUACAUGGAAAGAUCACCACUACCGCUUAACUUCGAUACGGCAAUGGCGCAGGUAGAGACAUGUUUGCAAUCACUUGAAGGUGCUCAGAUGAAGAACUCGCCGCUAGCCUCCGGCUUUGACGACAGAUCACCAGACGCCGAGGGCCACUUCAAGGUGGUCAUUGACGCUGUCAAGGAAGUAGUCGACCUGGCCGCAAAAGCCCCAGAAGAUAAUCUCGUUUGCGAAGAUCUGGUGGCGCGCCUCGACAGAGCUCGGAGUCUGGCCGAUACCACUUCCAAUAUUUGGAAAGCCGUGCUGCAUAAGUUGCCGGCUAGAAGCUCGGGAACCACAAAGUCCAAUGAUCCAAGUUGGAACGGCAAUGGCGAAGAACAGCCCGCAUCUUAG